AUAAUUCUUUCAAAAUUAUAUAUAACUUAAUAGGAGUUAGGACAUAUACUCCAGAUGAGAACACACUAACACACUGUAUCCACUGAACCAUCGAUAUCAACACAAGGGAAACUGGCUCAUAGGGUUUGUCUCGCAGCCAACAGCACGAUGUGGUCUCCUGCUACACUUAUACAGCCUCACCAGUUACCUGGAUAUCCAGCUCACCGUCGAACCAUUCAUCACCCAGCUCCCCAGUCAACUCAUUAGUCACCAUCAGCCCAUUAAGUCACCACCAGCUCACUCGGUCACCAUCAGGUCAUCGGUCACCCUCAACUCAUCGGUCACCAGAUUAGUGGUUAAAACUCCUGGAAUAAGCACACUCUGCCUCCUGUGCCGUGAACAUGGAACAUGACGGCCUGGGAGUCUCACCCCAAACUGACUCAGUUGCCCUCAACGUCCCGGAUUUGGCGGCACUUGAAGCGGAGAAGAGGGCGUUAGAGGUUCGUCUGGAUGAAGCAAGAGAAGCAUUGACGUGCCGAGUGUGCUUGGACCGCCCCGUCGCCGCCGUGUUCAUGCCGUGUGCUCACCUCAACACCUGUAGCACCUGUUCUGCUUCCCUUACCACCUGCCCGCUCUGCCGCUCACCUAUACAUUACGCUGCCCCUGUUAUCAUAGACUGAGCCCUCCCCCCCCUCCCAACUAUACAGCCUGUCAUCAUAGACCCUUUUCCCUCGCUACCGUCUCCAAUAUAGGUAUAUACAGUAUACAGGACGGCAUAUAACAAAUACUGAAUUACUUUUUUUUUUACGGGGAUUAGCCUACCCGAGAACAGGUCACUGACCCACAUCGAGGCCAGGGCGGGCGAAAAUACAACAGUAAUAAUAAUAAUAAAAAAAAUCAAGGAUGAGAAACGAUAUAUGUAUGUUAUGUUGU